UCUGAAGUCGGUAGUGUCUACUAGUAUUCUAGUAUACAUUUUUAAUAUUAAAGUUGUAAAAUGAUGUAUUUAUUACUUAUAUUCUUAGUUUGUUCGUGUAGCGCUAUGGAAUUGGAAGAUAAAUUCGAUCGCUACAUAAUAUCGUGUCAUUCGACGGACUUCGAGUGUUUCCGGCGUCAGUAUAAGAACCUGCGCGACCACGUGUUGAUGGGAAAUAUGCGCCUGGGCAUCCCCACCUUCGAGAACUACAUCUUCAAGUAUGGCAACACUGGGACGUGCAUCAAACUCGGCGGGCUGGAGCAGAGCGAGCUUGGAGGGAUACAAUUGGACACCAACAAUAAGGAGUUAAUAUGGACCUUAGAUCUGCCUUUCAAAAUACAACAGAUACAGAACUUCUCAGCGAGAUGCGUGAAGCCGGAAAACGUGCUUUGGACAAGCGGACUGGUGUGGUUGGACCGGCGCAUGGGCGGCCGGCGCUUCCGUAUCCGGCUCCCCCGCACCCCGCGCAUAAUCAAACACGCACGCAAAUUCACGAAUAUUGAUCCCAAACUAGCGAGCAAAAAUGGCCCUUUGAAGAAAUUCACUGGAAAUGCGACAAUCCAAGUAUCAUACCCGUACACCCUGAAGAAGAAGCGGAGCGAGGUGUACAUGGUGCUUGGAGACGAGAACCUGGACGUGAUCCUGGACAUCCCAGACCUGAGCCACUACAACAAGAACAGCCCCUUCGAGCGCAAUCUAUACGAGCUGUCAGAGUGGGCGUACGGUAUAGUGCAGCACAUCGACGCGGCGCAACACUUCGCGCUGCCCUUCACGUCGCGCCUGCGCGUUGUCAUGGAGUUCCUGCCACUGCGCAGAUUUCUACUGGUUUACCCCGAAGAAGACUAUUUGGACAUGCGGUUUAGAUUUACACAGAACUACAUUAAAUGUACUGAGAAAUGCAGCGAAGGGCCCUGGUAAUAGAGGUUAUAUAAAUAUUACCAGAUCUACAACAAAACGGUAUUUAGCACUUAGACACAAGUUUAAGAAACAUAAAGUAUAGCUUGACAAGGAUAUUGUGGUAGACACAUAGAACAUGGCUAGGUGUUAAAAAGGCCAUAUUGAAGCAGUAGGGACUUUCCAUGCUACGUUCUCCAAAAAUAAUAUGGAUGGUGCUGUAAAGAUUUUCCUUCGUUUAACCUUCUAAUUUUAUGGAUAACAGACAUGCAUCAUCCACGUAAUAGAAAAAAGAGGUUGGAAAAGCCCUAACGCGCAUUUUGUAUGAGAACAGCUGUCGCCGGUCAACCCCACUCUCUUUUACUACUACUCCAGCGAACUACGAUAGCUCUACUGCUUCUUAAAUUCCAUAGCUACUUUACAAACAAUGUAUAUUGUUUAUUAUAUGCUGCAAUAUUAUUAAUACUUUUCGUAAUAUUUACUGCAUACAAAAGUUUUUUUUUUCUUUUGACAUAUAGGGUGUUAGUGACAACUUUGAGGGGUGAUUCAGGCCAUGAUUCUGAGUAGAUAUCAAGUGGAAUUUUCCGUCGUAAACAGAGAACGGAAAAUAAUUAAAAAAAAAACAAAAUCCAUUUGUUAUCAACGCAGAAUCACGGUCUGAGUCAUCCAGCUCAAUAUUUGUUACGAUGUUACUAACACCCUAUCUAUUUGUAUGGCUACUUGUAUGUACUGGUACAGGGUGUAAGUGACAACGUAACAAAUACUGAGGGGGAAGGUUCAUCUCAUUAUUCUGACUUAAUAUCAAGAGGAAUUUUCCAUCGCAAAAGUAUAGUAUUGAAAAUAUUUUUAAUAAACAAAACAAUACAUGAAUUUUGCGACGGAAUAUUCCACUUGAUAUUAACUCAGAAUAAUGGUCUGAAUCAUCCCCCUUAGUAUUCGUUACGAUGUCACUAACAUACUAGCUGUCACGAUGUCACUAGCUGAUCAUACUAAGGUUUUUAGCUUUCCUGUUAUACGGAAGGACCUCCGUUCAUGCAAGUCGAUAUUUAACUUUUGGCCUGCAAGUUAUAAUGCACAAGACGACCUUUUUUUAUUGACGUAUUAUUUUGUCACUGUCGAUUAUCAUAAUCGUUUACAACUUGCCUAAGGCCCCUGGUGCUUUUAGGAGCAUGGCAGCCUAGCAAAAUUAUCAAAUAAUGUUUUAUUUUUUUAUUUUUAUCUACUAUGUAUUUGCCAACGUUGCUUGGCUGUCAAAUUCUUAAAAUGCUAAACGCCGCUUUUUUGUGGCAAGACAUGUCAUGACAAAAAUGUCAUUACAAAAAUCUUUUAUAUCUCAUGUUUUACGUCGAUGUUGCUUUAAUUGUGUAAAUAUGUUUUCAUUGAUUGGAAUAAAAAAAUCUACCGACAGUCGUUUUAUUUUUUGCUAUUAUCCCCACGCAG